AUGGAGAACCUUUACAAUGACAUGGAAGAAUAUGGCAAGAUAUGCCAACUGUACACCGAGAAAAAACAAAAAAGAGAAAAAAAAACGAACAACAUUAAUGAUCUAGUAGAUGAAGACAUACUAUGGAUGUACGAAACGAAGGAAGAGAAGGAGGCCAAGGAACAGGAAGAAUAUUUAUUGGGGAAAAAAAUUGAUAUGCAAAAGUUAAUCGAAGAGGAGGAAGAAGCCAAAAAGGAAAUCGUAAAACAAAAAAAUAAUAUAGACCAUUUGAAUAAAAUCAGAGAAGAUCCACUAACUAUUAUUAAAAAAAUGGAAUUUCAAAAGAAGAAAAUGAUGGAUGAACAAAAGAGACUCUUGCAGUUGCAGCGCUCUAGGGAAAUGCCCGAAGCGAAUUCAAUAAAUAGACAAGGCGGCAAAUCAGGCAGCAGCUCGUCAAGUGAAGAGGACGUCAUGCGAUCAAGAGAAAAGGAGAAAGACAGGAAGAAAAGAAGGAAGGAAGAAAAAAGGAAGGAAGAAAAAAGGGAAAAAAGACGAGUGAAAAAAAGAAGGAAAGAAAAGAGUAAGGAAAAAAGGGAAAGAAAAAGAGAAAAGAAACGAAAAGAAAAAAAAAAUAAAAAGGAGAGGAAAGAAAGACAGGUUAACUCAGACACAGAGUCCGAAUCGGAAGAGGAAAAGAAAAUGAGAAAAUCGAGAAAGAGGGAGCGCGGGAGAAGUGAUGAAUCGGAAAAGGCAAUGAGAAAGGCGAGAAAGAGGGAGCGCGGGAGAAGUGAUGAAUCGGAAAAGGCAAUGAGAAAGGCGAAAAAGAGGGAACGCGGAAGAAGUGAUGAAUCAGCCAUGGAAAGAGUUCGGGAUGCGCGUCGACAGCGGAAAAGAAGAAGAGGGGAGAGCACUGAACGCGGAAGUGAAACUGACAGCGGAUUUGACAGCAGACGUGACGGCGAACGUGAUAACGAAUGUGACAGUGGAACUGAAAGCGAACGUGAUAGCAGACGUGAUAGCAGACGUGACAGCGGAAUUAAAAGCGAAAUCGGCAGUGGUCGUCAUCAUCCUAGGCUUACAAAGUCGAAAAAGAAGAGAGAAGAAAAAAGUGACAAUGAAUAUAGCAGUGUGGGAAAGGAGAAAAACAGCGGCGAAUGGAAUGGGAGCGCGAGAGGCGACGACGACGGGAACGAUCGAGAGAAAUAG